CUCAGCAGCCAUGGUAACCAGGAGACGCUAAGCUAAAUUUCAAGAUGGCGCGGUGCAUGGUACUAAACUUGCUAGUUGUCAAACGUAAAUAGCAUUUAAUACUUCACGUUUCGCUAAAAUACGAUGUCAGAGACGAAUUUCGGAGUUUGAUAGAUGAGCGUUACUUACCUACUUACCAUUUUUUGUCUGCUAGCGUAUCCAUAUCCGUACCGUAUCCAUAUUCCCUCAGCAUUUGUGCUAGCUUGGACAUUAACUAGCUAUCCGGUUGACUUGAUUAUACACAACACCGACGGUUACGAACGCGGUUAUCUAUGGCUUUCUACGAGGUCUAUUCUCACCCGGCUUUGCUUCGGUACAAAACGAGUGUUUGUACGAAAGCCACUGUGUUUGUGGUUAUCGUUUUAUGCCUUACCUACAUCGCUCCUCUGCUGGUUGCUUACAGGAGCCAAGGUUUUUGGAUCAAAAGAAGCACUUAUGAGGAACAACCGGUUGUGAGGUUCCAGUACCAGACUCUGCUGGUGGCAGCAACCAGUACUCAGGGAGACUACGUCGCCUGGAGCACCUUCCCCCAUCUUAACAACAUGCUUGGGGCCAACCUCCGGAUCCCUGCUGUCUCUGUGAGAGAAGAGGACCAGAAUCAGGAUGGGAAGUUGGACCUCCUGAUUUUUCAACUGCAGCUACCACUAAAACCAGAGGAGCAAGUGUACAGUGUCCAGCUGCUGCUCACCUUCAGCUACCAGCUCUUUCGGAUGUCCACAGUGGUGAUGCAGAGCCUGGCCUAUGUGCAACACUCUUCCUCCGUCCCUGGAGCUAAGCUGUUCAUCAGUGGAGACCUGAGGUUGCAGCAGAGGACACCCCUGCCACACCGAGGACUGCACAACAUUUACAAUGUGUCGGUUAUUGAUGGCUCCAGCCCCUUUGCAGAUGCUUAUGACCUCAACAACAUAAUUGGGAGCUACCAGAAUAGAAAUUUGACCACAGUGCUGUCAUGUCCCAUGCCAGUGUGGACUGUGGGGCGAGCUGCUGGUGCUCCCUUUCAGCUCAAUGCUGAAAUCCGUUACCCUGUGGAGGUCAUAAGUUACCGCCCUGGCUUUUGGGAAACCAUCAAAUUUGCCUGGAUUCAAUACGUCAGUGUCCUCCUCAUCUUCCUCUGGAUCUUUGAGCGCAUACAGAGAUUUGUUUUCCAGAACCAGGUUCUAACCACUGUACCCAUACCAGUUGGAAAAACUCACCUGUCAUGAUGUAGUGAUAGUGUUUUCACCUCCAGGUAUUCAAAAACCACCAGGUUUCAUUUUUAGGAACAAUUUUACAUGCUUCACAGUGGCUUACCAACAACAAUACACUGACUGAAAUGUAAUAAAAUGUUCAAAACUUGUGGCAAAACUUAAUGUAGAGAGCCUUUAAAUUUUACUCUUCAAUUUCAUCUCUUGAAGAUUUGUCUUUUUAGUAUGUCCUCACUAUCUUACACACCAAUGCUGAGUGACACAUUUGUUUAUACUUUAACUAUUUCUUGGACAGCUUUUUACACAGGCCCUUCUCUCUCAUUCUUACGUUCAAGUACACUCAUUCUUGGCCGGAAUAAUGUCUUCUUUUACUACUGAUUGAAGCUGUGGAGCUUUAAAGAAAAUUUUAAAAAAGCUUUCUAUAUUUUUACUGUUUGUAUAUUUUUGACGGUUUUCACAAUAAGCAUUAAAGAAUAUUCUUUGUUGAA